UGGAACGCAGCAGGCAGGCAACAACGCACGAGCAGAACCGCGACGCGAUCGAGUGAUCGAGUGCACGGUCGGUCGGCGAUCAUGGCGAGCAGGACGGUGGAUGUCACCCUGGUCUCCGCGAGGGACCUCAGGGACGUCAACCUCGUCUCCAAGAUGGAGGUAUACGCGGUCGUCUACCUCGCCGGCGACCCCAUCUCCCGGGAGCGGGUCCUCGCCGACCGCACCGGCGGCCGCAACCCCACCUGGAACGCCACUGUCCGCGUCACGGUCCCAGCCUCCGGCUCCGGUAGCGGCGCCCUGCGCGUACUCCUCCGCACAGAGCGCCCCCUCGGCGACCGCGACGUGGGGGAGGUGAUCCUCCCGCUCACCGAGAUCCUAGCCGGCGCCGGCGACGAGCCAACAGGCGCCACGCAAGGCGCCUACAAGGUGCGCAAGGUCGGCUCUAGCAAGGUUCACGGCGUGCUCAACCUCUCCUACAAGCUCGGAGGAGUCAUCCACCCACCCGCCGGUCAGUACCAGCAGGCGGGCGCGACAGGGUACCUGGCGGCUGCCGCUGCGCCGUACGCGUCUGCUCCGCCGCCGCAGCAGCUCAGCUACCCGUACCCGUGCCCACCCCCGACAAUGGUUCGUCCGCUGCGCGUCAGCAGCCGGUAAAAGCGCGGCGAUACCAGAAAGAAAUAAAGCGCGCGCGCGGCGCGGCAAACCACUCUUGCAGUGGCAUGGCAUGGCAACCUUUGCUCUGUUCUGCCCCGCUCAUACAGAGAAAUGGUGGCUUGGUGAGUGGGUUAGCCACUACCCACUUGUGGAGC